GGUCGGUUUCGCUCGAUGUGAAUCCCAACCCCCAACUCCCUACUCCCCCCUGCGAACUUUGUGACCGAUCAAUAAAUGAAGUGAUGCCAAUCGAUGGAUGCAGCUACCCUUGGCCUGGUUGCUCCACUGCUCAGGUGGCCCUCGGCAUUUAUGCUCUGCUUCUUCCCAACCAACGCCAUUAAUAUUGCUGCGGUCAGCGUCGCGUCCAUCGUGACCUCUUUAAAUCCUCGCCAGCGAUCCCGACCCCGUCGCACGCCCAGUCUAAAUUGCACUUGCAGCAGCAGCAGGCAGGCAGGCAGAAUGCCGACGGCGCCGUUGCCGCAGUUCUCCAGCUCCGUCAAGCUCAAGUACGUCAAACUCGGCUAUCAGUACCUGGUGAACAACUUCUUGUCGCUUUUACUGUUGCCGGUGAUGGCCGCUGUAUCGUUGGAGCUGGUCCACCGGGGACCCGGGGAGAUGGUGGAGCUAUGGGAGUCCCUCCGCGUCGACCUCAUCCACGUCCUGUGCUACCUCUUCGCGAUCGUGUUCGUGUCCACCGUGUACUUCAUGUCGCGCCCUCGGCCGGUGUACCUGGUGGACUACGCCUGCUUCAAGCCGCCGGCGACGUGCCGCGUGCCCUUCUCGACGUUCAUGGAGCACGCGCGGCUGAUCUACCCGAACGAGAAGAGCGUGCGGUUCCAAAUGCGGAUCCUGGAGCGGUCGGGGCUGGGCGAGGAGACGUGCCUGCCGCCGGCCAACCACUACCUCCCGCCCAAGCCCACCAUGGAGGCAUCGCGCGACGAGGCCCAGCUGGUCAUCUUCUCCGCCAUCGACGACCUGGUCCGGAAGACGGGCCUAAAGCCCAAGGACAUCGACAUCCUUAUCGUCAACUGCAGCCUCUUCUCGCCCACGCCUUCUCUUUCCGCCAUGAUCAUCAACAAGUACAAGCUCCGCAGCAACAUCCGGAGCUUUAACCUCUCCGGAAUGGGCUGCAGCGCCGGCCUCAUAUCCAUCGACCUCGCCCGCGACCUCUUACAGGCACACCCAAGCUCAAAGGCUCUGGUCAUCUCCACCGAGAUCAUCACGCCCAACUUCUACCCUGGCAACGAACGGGCGAUGCUGCUUCCCAACUGCCUGUUCCGCAUGGGCGCCGCCGCGAUCCUACUGUCAAACCGACGCCGCGACGCACGACGAGCCAAGUACCGGCUGGUGCACGUGCUGCGCACGCACAAGGGCGCCGAAGACCGCGCGUACCGGUGCGUGUACCAGGAGGAGGACUCCGAGGGUAACUCCGGCAUCAACCUCUCCAAGGAUUUGAUGUCCAUCGCCGGCGACGCCCUGAAGUCCAACAUCACCACCCUCGGCCCGCUGGUGCUGCCCAUGUCGGAGCAGCUCCUCUUCUUCCUGACGCUGGUGGUGAGGAAGGUGAUCAACCCCAAGUGGAAGCCCUACAUCCCGGACUUCAAGCAGGCGUUCGAGCACUUCUGCAUCCACGCCGGCGGGAGGGCGGUGAUCGACGAGCUGCAGAAGAACUUGGACCUGUCGGCGGAGCACGUGGAGGCGUCCCGGAUGACGCUGCACCGGUUCGGGAACACCUCCAGCAGCUCGCUGUGGUACGAGCUCAACUACAUCGAGUCCAAGGGGAGGAUGCGGCGCGGCGACCGCCUGUGGCAGAUAGCCUUCGGCAGCGGAUUCAAGUGCAACAGCGCGGUGUGGAAGUGCAUGCGCACCGUGAAGACGCCGGUAGACGGGCCCUGGGCUAACUGCAUCCACCGUUACCCUGUCCACAUCCCCGAGGUGGUCAAGCUCUGAUCCCAUUAGCGGCGCCGUCACCAUCAACAUGUACUACUUAAUAAAACGCAACUGAAACCACCCUGUCCAGUAUCCACAAUCGCUUACAAACAACAGCAAUAUUGUCGUCUACCUGGAUGCUAUACAAGUUCUGAUAGCAUUCAUUUUAAAA